AUGAAGAGGUCCAUAAUUUUAUGUACGAUAUUCAUUACUUUCGCUUUGGUUCUCUACACAGAAGCAAUAAAUAAUAAAUAUGAACGAUUAUUUCCAAUGAAACGUCGUGUAAUAGAACAAGAUGACUUACACGAUGAUAGCAGCAUUGAAGAGAUUGAAAAUGUUCGUCGGGUAUCGUCAGACUGUGAACGCUGUGGUUUACUUCGUCGUCCUUGUUGCUUUCCAAAUUUAUGUCGACGUACAGCUGGUCAACUAAGCGAAUGCUACAAAGUUUCUGGAUAA